AAGGGAGGGGAGGUUGGAGCCAUGACACAGGCGACUUGAUCUCAGAAGCCUUCAGCAGGGAUCAUCAUCCAGCACCCAGUCCUCUAAUACUCAGGUGAAGAUGAUCCGCCGGGUUCUGGAGAGGCCUUGCACCCUGGCCAUGCUGAUUGGCUUCCAGCUUGCCUUCAUGAUGUACUUCUCGUUCGGCGGCCUGCGCAGCCUCGCCUCCAUCUUCGGACGAUCGCAGGAGCCGACCUUCGACUACAGCCGUACCCACGACGUCUACACCAACCUCACCCGAAUUCAAGCCACGCUCCGUCCUGGGACAAUGGAGGGUGGACUGCUGCCGUGGUGCCCGGAGAAAUCCCCGUACCUGGUGGGUCCGAUAUCGGUGAAGUUCAGCCAGGUGCCGACCUUCAAGCGGAUCCAAGAGAAGAACCAUCUGGUGGUACCGGGAGGUAUCUACCGACCGCCCAACUGUGUGUCCCGCCAUCGCACCGCCGUCAUCAUCCCGCACAGGAACCGAGAGACCCACCUGAGACACCUACUCUACUUCCUGCACCCCUUCCUGCAGAGACAGCAACUGCACUACGGGAUCUACAUCAUCCACCAGGCCGGGAACGCCACCUUUAACCGGGCGAAGCUGUUGAACGUCGGUGUGAGGGAGGCGAUGCGGGACGAGGACUGGGAUUGCCUUUUCCUCCAUGACGUGGACCUCAUUCCUGAGAACGACCACAACCUGUACGUGUGUGACCCCUGGAACCCCAAACACGCCUCGGUGGCCAUGAACAAGUUCCGCUACAGCCUCCCAUACCCGCAGUAUUUCGGGGGGGUCUCCGCUCUCACCCCAGAACAAUACAUGAAGAUGAAUGGAUUUCCCAAUGAAUAUUGGGGGUGGGGAGGAGAAGACGAUGACAUUGCCACAAGGGUGCGGCUGGCCGGGAUGAAGAUUAGUCGCCCGCCGGUAUCGGUCGGACAUUACAAGAUGGUGAAGCACAAGGGAGACCGAGGCAACGAAGAAAACCCGCACAGGUUCGACUUGCUGAUCCGCACCCAACGAAUGUGGACUCAGGACGGUAUGAACUCUCUAUCCUACACCCUGCUGUCUAAAGACCUGGAGCCCCUCUACACCAACAUCACCGCGGACAUCGGCCAGGACCCCCGUUCCCAGAAGCCGCUGCGGACGCGCGGUCCCACCCCUCCGCCGUCUCAGCCCCAUAGCAACGCGACCACCAACGCGAGGGGGAAGCUCACCGUGGUCGUCCAGUCAUCCCUUCUCAACACCUCCAUCGCUCUGGACAACACCAAUAAGGUAACGUCCGCCCUUGGAAAGGAUCCAAAAAGACUCAAGGGACCCGGAGCCACGGGAGGUCCAAGCAAAGCCGAGGAGGAGGAGGAGGUCCAUGCUGCCGAAAAUCCCGUCUCGCGCCUACCGCAAGAGGCCCCUAAAAAGAGAAGGCCCCGGAACCUCAAACUGGAGCCACAGAAAGCAGAGAACCAAACGUCUCGGAGUCGGCCUCCGACGCUCGCCAAGAAGAACCCAACGCAGCUUUGAGAAUUGCUUGACUACCGCCGGUUGCUGGCAACUUGAGUGAAGACCAGCUGGGUGACGCGUCUUUGCCUUGGCGUGGAUGGGUUAAAGCCAAGGGAUUUGAGACCACCUUUUCCCCGGGGGCUUCAAGAAGCGUGCGGUCUCGGGAACCUGAGCUGUCUGGACGACGGCAGGACUUGGGUUCAAGGUCUGAUUUUUCUCUCUCUUUUUACGGGGGGACUUAGACUUUUUCUCGUGGAGUCCCCUUUGUGUUUCAGAGCCUUGAGCGUGCGAGGAAGCUGGUUGGCUACGCCUCCUGGCGGGCCGAAGCUCCUCCUUUGCCGACGAGAAGACCACACACUCCCUUUCUGUGCAAGGAAGUUUUCUGGUUUCACUGUGAAAACGGCCAAUGACUGAACCCGCUGCCUUGUUAACUCCACCCUGCAGACCCCCGGGUGGUAUUGCCUCCUGAACAGUAGGGGGCGGUGUUGUACAUAAAUUAAAGGGAACCUGUUGGGGGUAGAAAUGUGGAAGCUGACAUGCCUAAUUGCCUAUUGGCUAACGGGGAGUGGUGGGGCUCUGGAGUUGGGAGGACCCGAUUGGUUUUGAAUUGUUUUGUCGAAGUGGCAGCUCUUGAGUAUAUUGAGUUGAGAAGGUAUCUUGAUAUAGCGCGGUCUUACGCCGAAGGGUCCCAAUACGUACGCCAUAUAGACAAAUCAUUUUAUUAUCGAACAACUUUGAUGGUUAUACUUUUUUGCAAAACCAUUAUUUUUUUCUCCUGAUGAAGAGUAGAUUUACGAAACACGUUGAGCAUAGCCUAGCUACUCGUGGAGUUCUCUAAUAUUGUUGGAAGCCAAUCGUAAAUCUUUACUUCAUCAGGAGAAAAACAUUUAUGGUUAUACAAAUAAUAAAAAAAAGUGUGCAACCAUAAAUGGUUUUCUCCUGAUGAUGAAGUAAAGAUUUACAAAACGAGUUAAGCGUAACCUAGCUACUCAUGGAGUUCUCGAAUAUUGGAAACCAUGAUCAGGUCUUG